AUGGUGGUGACUGCACAUUAUAUUGAUGAUUCAUGGAAUUUGCACAAUCGAAUUAUCAGGUUUAUAUAUGUGACUGUCCCUCAUACUGCUAAGUUAUUAGCAAAAGUGUUGAUGGAGUGUUUGGUUGAAUGGUCUCUUGAACGUAAGUUGUCUACUCUUACUUUAGAUAACUGUACUGUGAAUAUUGCCAUGAUGGAUCAAAUGAAAGAAAAAUUGAGAAAUGCUUCUUUACUAAUGAAAGGUGAAUUAGUUCAUAUGAAAUGUUCUGCUCAUAUCUUGAACUUGAUUGUCCAACAAGGAUUAGGAGCAAUUCAAGGUGCCAUAGAAACUAUACGUGAGAGUGUAGUUUUUUGGACUGGUACUCCAAAAAGAGUUGAAAAGUUUGAAGAGGCUAAGAAAGGAUUAUCAUGUGCAAGCAAUAAAAAGCUAGUGCUAGAUUGUAAGACUAGGUGGAAUUCUACUUAUUUGAUGCUUACUAGUGCCAUUGUUUAUAAAGAUGUGUUCAGUCGCUUAAUACACACUGAGAAAAAUUACAAAAAAGAACCUAGUGAGCGAGAUUGGCUUUUGGCAAAAGUUAUGUGUGAGAAACUGAAGUUGUUUUACCAUGUCACUAAGAUGUUUUCUGGGACCAAAUAUCCUACUACUAAUCUAUUCUUCUCUAAGAUUUGUGAUAUUUGGUUGUUGCUUAAGGAGUGUCUUAAGUCUUCAUACGAUGAGAUUAGGAUAAUGGCAUCAAAUAUGAUGGAUAAAUUUGAGCAGUAUUGGACUUCCAUUCAUGGCAUAUUAGCCAUAGCAACUGUUAUGGAUCCAAGGUUUAAGAUGAAAUUGAUUGAGUAUUAUUUUCCUAAAAUUUAUGUUGGUGAAUAUCAAAAUGAAGUUGAACGAAUUAGAAUGUUGUGCUAUGAUUUGGUGAAAGAAUACAAACCAAAUGAUGGAAAAAAAAAUCUUCCUGAUCCUUUAUCCAAUGCUUCUGGAGUUGGAGGGGAUAGUGAUGGAUGUGUGGAUCCUUUAGCUGGUUAUGACUUGUUCGUUAGUAGUACUUCUAAGGUGGAUACUUUCAAGUCUAAGUUAGAGUUCUACUUGGAGGAAGCAGUUUUGCCUAGGAGUGAAGAGUUUGAUAUUUUAGCUUGGUGGAAGACAAAUGGUCUUAAGUAUCCAACAUUACAACAAGUUGCUAGAGAUGUUUUGGCUAUCCCAGUGUCUACAGUAGCUUCUGAGUCUACUUUCAGUACUAGUGGAAGACAUGUGACUCCUUGUCGUAAUAGGCUUCACCCGAGUAUGUUGGAGGCAUUAGUAUGUACUCAAGAUUGGCUAUGGGAUGAGAAACUAGAUGCAUCACAAAAUGAGAUUUCACAUAGUACAUUCUUUGAUGAUGUUGAAGAUGAUGAAGCGGGAGUUCUAACCAUGAGCACUAGUUGGCAUCGCUCAAAGGAAAUGGCUAAUGAGUAUGAGGAGAGACUUGGCGAGCAACUCAAAGCAGCCCAGGCCAAACACGCCGAGCAGCUCAAGGCGGCCGAGGAGAAAAAUGCCGAAAAACUAAGAGCUGUCGAGGAGAAGAUUGCCAAACUGGGCGAGGAGCUGAAACAACCUAAGGAGACCCUAGUCAAAGUCACGGAGUCUAAAGGGAGGUACAAGGAGUCUUCAUUGUUGAACUACAAAGAGGCCUCCAAACUCCAAGACGAACUGGUUAUCAGCAGGAAAGAAAUUGCUGAGUUGGAGGAGCGAGUUAAUCGCUCGAAGGGACUAACACCAGUGACUUGGAGAGGUUCAAGGGAGCUACAUUUAACUUCUUUUAUAUGCUCCGGAAAAACAACCGUGAGGCGAACUUUGACUAUUUGCCAGAGAGUAUGA